UUUGUUGGACAGGCACCUGACUCACUGAGAGUGGAAGCAGACAGAAAUAUCUUGAUAUAUAUUUAUUUUCCACAGCAGAUUUUUCUUCCCUGUUGCCUUUUUAUAAUAAUAGGGUGGAUUGAUGGAUUUUACGCAUGCGUAAUUCUAGGACGCGCUACUUUACAUGCUCUGCAAUUGACCAAGUGGUGCCAUGGCAGGUUUUACGCAUAUAUGAGUGUUUUUAGAUUUUUUUUUUUUUUAUCUGAGUGUGUGUUUCUCAUUACUCGUCUGAAAGGCGGUAAUGUGUGUUAUUCCCGCAGCCAGUGGAGCCGUCUAAUCCCUCUCUGAUUAUUGCACACAGAUGGAUAGCGUCCUGCCGGCCAGCAGAUUGACAUCCGGCCUUAGUGAGAUCAAUUUAACCGCUAUGCCCGCGUUUUGAUGGCUGAAAAAACAUUCAAGGACCUUGCAACGUCAAUUUAGGACCCCCAGCGUCCCUCUAGUGGUGCCAACAUGAGGAGAGUUGUGCUCAAAGAGGCUGCCAAAAGGUUUCCCUGGCUGGCCAAUGUCACUCUGUACGGGUGCUUGUUUGCCGGCGGUGACCUGGUCCAUCAGCUCGUAGCUCAAGAGGGUAGUAUGGACUGGAAACACACUCGCAACGUGGCUAUUGUAGCAAUCAGUUUCCAUGGGAACUUCAAUUACUUCUGGCUGCGAGCCCUGGAGAGAAGGUUCCCCGGGAAGUCCGCCGGAAUGGUUUUACGCAAACUCCUGCUGGACCAGAGCUUCGCGUCGCCUUUGGCCACCAGUGUCUUCUACACAGGGGUGAGCCUCUUGGAGGGUAAGGAAGAUAUCUUUGAAGACUGGAGAGAGAAGUUCUUCAACACCUGGAAGACUGGACUUAUGUACUGGCCAUUCAUGCAGCUUCUGAACUUUGUGCUGAUGCCGUUGUACUUGCGGACGGCCUUCAUGGGCUGCUGCGCCUUCCUCUGGGCCACCUUCCUGUGCUUCUCCCGGCAGAGUGGUGAUGGCACUGCCAGCGUGGCUCUGGCCUUCAUCAUGGACCCCCAUGAAACCCUGCAGGAGAUACGCAAGGCCCGGUUGGCCCGGAAAAAGCAGAACAUCCAGGAUGAAGACUAAAGGGAGAAGGAGGAGAAUGCUUCUUACAGUUUUCCUAACAAGCAACCCAAGUGAAAAGAGCAGUAUACUGGUUGGAAAAAAACAUUUAUCUGUCACUAACGCACACAACAACUGACUGGUAUGGACUUGAAAACUGCAGAUGGAUUGAUAUUUUUUUGUCUGCAUGUGAAAAUGUUGUCCUUACAGGUUGUAGUGCAGUGUUUUUUGAUGGAGGACUGUGGCUGGUUGUUGGUUUUAUAUAAAACCUCAGAGCAGUGAUAUCCUAAAAUCUGAUUUAUCCUAGCUGUGCCUUCUCUCUCAGUGACACAACCUCAUGUGUGCAAGUUUGCAGUGUUUGGCUGACUUGUGACAGUCAUUAUUUAAAAUCAAUACAAGGCAAUAUAAAUAUAUAUUUAUUUAUUUAUUUAAUAUUUUUGAGUGCAAUUUUAAAUGGUGUUUAUUUUGGGAUGCACUGAUGUAUAAGAAGGCUGUUUUGGUGAGUGAAAAACUAUUGAUCUCUAAUGGCUCUUCCAGCUGAUCUUCUCAAUGAAACUGUCCUUAUGAUCAAAUACUGGAAGGAAAUGGAGACAAGGAUCAUUUGCAACAUUUUUUUCAAAUUUCCAACUAUUUUGCAAGGAAACCUGACUCAGUGUCCAUCCAAAUCUAAGUCCGUCUCAAAGAUCUUCAAAUACAAAUCCUGAUAAAGGCUGAAUAUGUUUUCUAAAAACAAGGGAGGAAAUUAUGCAUUCAUGGGGACUAUUUUCAGCAGCGGAUAAAUCCACAUUUGGUGCUCUAGAAACUAUUUGUGGCAGCAGGAUGUGGUGUAAAUGGUGUUCUAAAUUGAAUUUGAAUAACAAUUUAACUAUAUAUGGUCCAGAAGAACCUAUAGGCUUUCAUAUGUGUUUAAAAGGAGUAAUGUGUGUUUUUGUGGAAUUUGUUGUUAAGAUAUCAUUUCAUUAAGGCCACAGGUUAUGUAUCAGUGCAUCCCACUUGUGUUGUGUCUCCCAGUUGAACUCGUAAAGUGUUUUAAUCCUGUCCUCUUACUUGAAAGAACGCAAAUACCUUAUCAGCACGUCACUUACCCAAACCAGACCCAUAUAACUCAAUCUUGUUUAGAUUGAAUCUGUCUUUUAGCAAAGCUGAAAAGCUGUGACUUUUAUCCAAAAGCAAAGUAAAAUGAAUACAAGAUAUAAUUUCUUAAUUCAUUUGUGUCAUACCAAAGGUGGAAAGACCGUGUAAUAAUAAACUUUUAUGGAACAUUUUACCUUUCAAAUACACGGAGAACAUAUUUAGAAAGUUUUUGGACCCCUUCUAUACAUAAGCUUUAAAUGUGUAACAAAGACUUUGGGUUUUUCGAUGGAUGAAAAAACAAUAAAACCUCAAAGAAUGUUCAUUAUUUUGUUGGAGUCAGCCUCAGCCAGCUUUGAUAUUUUAAAGGCUGCAACUGUCCACUAUCCACAUUUCACUUUUACAUGUCACACCAACAUAGAAAUCAGUUUGAACGUAUACAGCAGAUAAAUUAAAUUAAAUCAAAUGUAUUCCGACAGGUAUGAGUCACAGUGCACACAUCUUCUCCCUCACUCUUUCAUUAAAUGUCCUGAAUAAACAGUUUUAGCAUUUACUUAGCUUUAGGUUCUUUUCGUUGCAUAAUAAUAAAAAUACAUAAUCUAGCCCUGUAUCAGCUCCUGUUGGACAAUAAGUAAAAGAAAUGAAACACAAAAGUGUCAAAGGUACAUACUGUAUCUAUCAAGUUGCAAUAUUUAAAUCACACAGUUUUCCCCCGACAAGAAUGGCAUUUCAAGAAAACUGUGUAUCGUUUACAAUACAACAAAUAUUGUCUAAUCCAAUCAUCCCCCAGGCAAUUAUUUAUAUUUAUUUCUUUGUGAGUUAAACAGUAAAAUGGAGUGAAGUCUACAGGGUUACUGGCAGAUAUUGGUUCAGUUGCUUGGGCGAUGUUUGGGAUAUUUAUUUGAUAUGCUCUAUAAUCUCUUUCAUAAUGAAUUGGGAUAUGCUGAUUUUACACCAAACAAUAUAAUGAUGCAUUUAUUCCAUAGAUAUUUCUCAGAAGUCCAAAUUCAAUUAUAAGGGAAAAAAGAUACUCACAAAUAAUGAAUUCUCCGUAUAUAUAUGUUUUGUCAUAAUAUGCAUGGUUUAUGGUUUUUCACAACGUUUUAAUUAUGUUGCCCAAUCAAAGUGACACAUUAUGAGAGGGACUUCAAUUUCAGGUUGUUCCAGCCUGCACUAGCUAGCGCC